AAAAUCAUACCGUUUUCAGGUGCAUAAUCAUAUAAUACAUCAUCUGUAUAUUGUACUGCGUGUUCACCAACCCAGCAAAGUCUCCUUCCAUCACCAUAUAUGCCCCCUCUACCCUCUUCUACCUCCCCCUACCCUGCAUGAAACAAUCUUAAAAGAAAAAUGCCAUUGGCUGGUACUUCCACCAGUGGGUGGUUAAGUCUGGAGGCUUAUUUGUUGGUAUUAUCUGCCUCCCCACACCCCCGCAAGGGCUCCCAGAGAGCAUAAACUGUUUGCCUUUUUCACAGCUGGAUAUUCACUGAGCCAAUCGCGGUACUUGGUACUUCGGUAGUUCGUUAAAUUUUUAACGAACCCAAAUUCCUCCGCUAUUUUCAUUCUAGCUCCACCACUUGUAAGGCCCACAUUUGGAUACAUUCUGGGCUUCACCUCCCUCAUCUGCAAAAUAAAGAUGAGUAGAGCAGCUAAUUUAUCGGUUAUUUUGCUAGCGUUACAUAAAUUAAUAGGAGGAGGGGGAUAGGACAUUCCACUCAACUCAAAUGAAUUGUUAGUGAUACUCCCCAGAGGUAACGUGCCUCUGGGAUUUCAACUAGGACUGUUCUGCCUUUAUGAUCUGCUAAUUGUUACCUGUGAGAUUGAGCAAAUUUCAAACCUGUGAACCUCAGAGAUCUCCCUGCUGUAAGGUGGUCAUAAUCUCACUUCGCUGAAGCUCACACAGUACUUCGCUUUGACCUGUUUCUCUUAUUUUAUUCUGACUGCAUUCUAGGAAGUUAAGUGCAUCACUUACAUUUAUUUAGGACUAAAAAUGUUCCGUCGCAGAAGAUAAAUGUUUAGGCUUAGUAUGAAUUAGUCUAAUAAAAGGGGAAAGUGUACCAGGAACUGGUUACACACAGACAAAAGCAAAGGCUAACAAUGAGUACUGUAGGAACGUUCCUGCUCCCCAAAGCAAGAACCUAGUUAUGGCCUGUAAGUAGUAAUUGUUUUCAGGCUCUCAGUUUUAUUCUUUGUAAAAUGGGAAUGAUAAUACAUACCUCAUAGGUUGUGGUGUGGAGAAAAUGAGUUAAAACACACAAAGCGUGCAAGAAUGCACAUAGCAGAUAAUAGUGCUAUGACUUAAUUUUUUGAAUUUAACCUCAAAGAUAAAAUAAUAAGCUAGAAACCUAACAUAUUACUAAUAAAAAAAGUUGAACGCUAAAGCUUCAUAUUUGAAAUAUAACUGCCUGGAGAAUCUCGAGAGGCUACUUUACAAAAACAUCUUACACCAAGUGACCCCAGAAUGUUCAUGAGGGCGUGUUCUACGGAAAACUACAAUUCCCAGAACACACCUAAACAAGGCCUGGGGAGUGGAACGCGCGGCCGCAAGGGAUUGUGGAUGGCAUGGUUCCGGGUGUGGAGAGAGUUUCACCUCCCUAGGGCGGGAGAGUCUUGGAGACCACCUCUCCGGUAGGCGGGGCGAUAACUGAUAUGCGGCCAAUCAUCGAGCCAGUUUCUGAAAGCGCUGAGAAGUGGCGAAUCAGAACACAGCAGCUUCAGCCGGGCCUGGCGCGCGAUAAUUUGAAUACAGUGGCGGAGCAACUAGCUUGACUGAGGAGAAGUCGCGGGCUCCGAGGUGCAGGAGUUCAGUUAAGAAGAUGUCAGCUUUUACUCCAAGGAAAAGGAAGCAGAAUUCUUUGAAUUAUGACAGCUUAUUAUCAGACAUUCCAUCAAAGAAAUUAACUUUGGACUUCACCGAAAAUAUAUUUUCGUCACCUAAUAAACAACCUAUUUGCCAAAGCAGUGAUAAAAAUGAAGAAAAGGUGCCUUACUCUCAACAAGGCCAUGCCAUUUCAAGUCUGCUCCAAACACCUAAGAAAAAUAGAUUACCAUUUGCAAAUCAAGGCUCACCUUUUACAUCUUCUGUGUCUGCUGUAUCCUUUUACAACAAAAAUAAGUGUUACCUCAAUCCACUGGAAAGAAAGAUGAUAAAAGAGAGUAGAUCCAUUUGUCUAAAGACUAAUAAUGAAUCUAAGUCUUUUCCUGGUGUGACAGAAAAAAUACAGGGAAAAUCAGUCCACUCCAAGAAAAUGAACAAAAAACCACGGAAGAGCUUAACUGCUAAGGGUCAACCAAGUUAUAAGUGCAUCAAGCCUGUAUCAAAGAAUUCUAAAAAUUCCACGCAAAAUCGAGUGGCCUACAAACCAAGUGCGGAGAAAGAGAACAACUGUUAUUCAGCUGAGAAUAUGCAUGCUCCUAGAGUUCUAAGCCAAAAAGUCAAACCACAAGUAACACUCCAGGGUGGAGCAGCAUUUUUUGUUAGAAAAAAAUCCUCUCUUAGAAAAUCAUCUGUGGAAAAUAAGCCAACCCUGGGACUCACUCAAGAGAAUAAGUCAGAAGUGAUUAAAGAUCCUGAUGUAGAGACUUUCAGUGAAAGAAAAGGUUUUGAGACAAAACAAGUGCCAAAGUCCUUGUUAAUAGAAAAGGAACUGAACAUUGAGCUGCUGGGUACGAGAAGUAAAAAUGAAGAGAAAUUAAUAAAGGAUUCAAGUGGAGUAGUUUCUUCAAGGGAACAGAAAGCUGAUGACAGUAAGUGUUUUCCUUUGGAAGAUUCUCACAGCGAGAACCAAGCAGUUUCUCCUGAGUUCACUGUCUAUCCCAUCUUCAGUCCGUCUUCAGUCAAUACAAAAAGAUCUCUAGUUGAAGAACAGUCUCCUUUGGGAUCCAACACACCUACUAACUUCUUGAAACAGAUCAAUACCCAGAAGAGUACUAAUGCCAGAGAUACCAAUAAAGAAACAAAAGACCAGCUUGUUAUUGACGCGGGCCAGAAGCACUUCGGAGCCACCGUGUGCAAGUCCUGUGGCAUGAUCUAUGCGGCUUCCAGCCCCGAGGACGGGCUGCAGCACGCUCAGUACCACCACAGGUUUCUGGAGGGAAUCAAGUACACGGGCUGGAAAAAAGAACGUGUAGUAGCAGAGUUUUGGGAUGGGAAAAUUGUGUUGGUUCUGCCACACGAUCCAAGUUACGCUAUCAAAAAGGUAGAAGACGUCCAAGAACUUGUUGACAGUGAACUGGGCUUCCAGCAAGUUGUCCCCAGAUGUCCAAACAAAACCAAAACUUUUCUCUUCAUAUCUGAUGAAAAGAGAGUAGUUGGGUGUUUAAUUGCAGAGCCUAUCACACAGGCCUUCCGUGUCCUGUCUGAACCAACUGGUCCAGAAUCCCCAACCUCUGGAGAAUGUCACAGGGCGUGGCAAUGUUCAGAUGUUCCGGUCCCUGCAGUCUGUGGGAUAAGUAGAAUCUGGGUCUUCAGACUCAAGAGAAGAAAGCGCAUUGCAAGACGACUGGUUGAUACUCUUAGGAAUCGCUUCAUGUUUGGCUGUUUUCUCAGUACUGAUGAAAUAGCAUUUUCUGACCCAACACCAGAUGGCAAGUUAUUUGCAACCAAGUAUUGCAACACCCCUAAUUUCCUUGUAUACAACUUUAAUAGUUAAAGCCAGUUUCAACUAUGGAAGAGUUACUAUAUGAAUGAGUUCAGACAACUUAUAUAAUAACCAUUCAGCAAAUGUUAAAAACACCGAGGUGCACACACACAAUCUGCUAUUCCUUAUGAACUGAAAAGUCAGGGAUUUGUUAAAAAGUAUCUGGAGGUUCAAAGGAGAAAUCUUUGGAUGUGCACUAGCACUCUGAAUCCUUAGUUCCGAAACUCCGUAGACAUAACUGGAAAAUUACUUCUUACAUAAGAACACUGACAAAGCAAGGUGGUUUCCAACAGAAAUGUGCCUGCUUACCUUGUAUGGAGCACUUUUGAAUCAGGAUUAUCUCAUCCUCAAUCAGAAGCAAACAGGCAAAUUUAAAGAUAAAAUUUUCACGCCCAGUUUUUAAAGGUAGUUCCUGAAUUCUGUACCGGGAAUCACCUUAUAGGUAGCUCAGUUUGAAUAUAUUUAGAAAGUUUUAAAUUUAUAAUUUCUAAUGGGGUAAGAUGGUAAAGACUUCCAUAUGCUUUUAUGUACAAGAGAAUUCUAUAGUUUGUUUUCAUCUCUUUAAAAA